UGGGCCACCCUGAGGUGCCCGGGGGCGACGCACCAUGUGCCUCGAGCAGUGCGCCAGGGCUUCCCUCUUCCCUCUGGCGGCCCUGAGCAUCCUGGCCAACCUCCUGCUGUACUUUCCCAACGGAGAGACCCGCUACGCCAGUGGGAACCAGCUGACCAACUUCGUGUGGUUUUUCGGAGGAAUUAUCGGAGGCGGCCUCCUGAUGCUGAGCUCACUCGUGGCCACACUGUUUGGAAUGACAGGGUCCCUGUACUGCUUGUUAGUGUCUGCGCUGGCACUGACUGAGGGGCCCUACUGCAUAUCUGCCACUGGCUGGGACUACCCGUUCGCCAACAGCUCGGGCAGAACGACUACGCCCGUACCUGGCGCGUCUUCCACUCAGCCUCUGUGCUUACAGAUACUCGACUUCACGGCCUCUCCUGGUCUUGUCCUACGCAGUUACCUGUUCAAUACCACGAGGUGGAGCAGCUGCAAGGAGCCAGCCCGCAUCGUCGUGUGGAACGCGUCUCUCUUCUCCAUCCUCCUCGGCCUGGGGGCCACGGAGUUCAUCAUUUUCUUCUUUCAGCUUCUGAACACUUUCCUCCUGGGACUCUGCGGGACAUGCGCCGGCUGCUGCAGACAGAGCAUCGGACCUGAAGCUUGAAGGUGAAGGACGAAGCCCCCGAUAAGUGCGAUCCACAAGAACACUUACUGAGAUGUUGAAGUGUCCUGUAUUUUUUGGAGCAGCGGUAUUAUGAUUUUGAUACAAUGCCUUUAAAAAGGAUCACUUCAAACACAACGCUGCCUACCAUCGUGAGCAUUUAGUUUUCCGUGCCAUUCGCUAGUGGCCAGCCUCCUCUCGUUCCAGAAAAGAAUAACAAAAAUGUUAAAUUGUGUGUUUAGUAUUAAGAUGAUCAAGAUGAUUAUUAUAUACUAUGCAAAUUAUAUAACAUUGACAAUUCAGAAACACAAGCUUGGCAUUUGA